AUGUUCCCCACCCCCGCACCCCACCGCGCUGGUGUCUUUCUGGUGCCAACAUAUCUGCACAGUGAACAUGACCAGGGAGAUCAAGGAGAAUACAAAAGGAAACCCAGUCUUAGACAUUCAUUUGCGGAAGAAAGUUUGUGUUUGAAGAUCACACUUGGAUCUUCAAGGAUUAAAACCAAUUUUAGCUCUUCAAGCAACACAGGCUGUACCUCAGUGCCUGAAGCCCAUGUGUCGGCUGCUGGAAGCAAAAGGUCUUUUUCUCACAAUUGUGGCCUUCAUGGUCAGAAUAAUGGAUCCUUAUCCAACAAGUCCAGACCCAGCCCACCUGCUUCCCGUGAAAAGGCCCCUUUGUCAACACUGAGCAAAACCCAGCCGAGUCCUGCGAACACCCGUCAGAAUUAUGGGGCUUCUUUAGCCAGCAGAAGCAACUCAGGCUCAAACAAAGGAAGUGACAGCAGCCAAGUGACGAGGCGAUCAGGGAAAUCUAUUUCUUGUGGUCACAAUUGCAGCACUAAGCCAGAAAAUCCGGAGCGGUAUUUGACUCCUCUGCAGCAGAAAGAAGUUACAAUACGGCAUUUGAAAAAAAAGCUGAAGGAAUCCGAGUGCAAAGUUACAGAAAGGGAAAGAGAAAUCGAAAAGCUCAAAGCUCAGGUGGAACGUAUGAAGGAAGACUGGAUCGAAGACGAGUGUAAUCAUGUGGAGAUGGAGCUGAGCCUCUUGGAAGCAAGGAGGGAAAUUAAAGAACUCAAGCGAGGUAUUGAGAGCAUGAAGAAGAGCUUGGCUGAGAAAGACAAAAAAUUUCAGAAAUACUUCCUAGACGUAAGCAUUGAAAACAAGAAACUGGAAUCUUUGGUGUCGAGCAUGGAGAUGGCCCUGAAGAGCUCUGUGAGAGAUGAGCAGCGCCCAGAGUACACAUGUGACUCUGAGGGGAAGCCGUUGUGUACCACGAUGCCAGACAGCCCCACCACAGAGGACCAAGCUCUGGAGGAGCUGGCAGGUAGUGGGCUGUUUCUUCAUGAGGACACAGCUAACGGGACUGAUUUAUUUGAAGAGAGUUUGACCACCACAACCUCUGAGUUGAGUGAUUCAGCUCCCUCCAAUUCUAUUGUGAAUCAAGAGAUGCUUGAAAAUGUUCUGGGUGAGAAACUAACUUUGUCCCAGGAGGAGGAGGAGAAAGUCAGAAACAUGAUGGUGGAGCAGACCAUCCAGACUGAUGUGGUGCCAUAUAGCCUAGAAGGGGAGCAGUUCAUUCAAAACAUGCCAGAGCUCAGAGCUCAAGAUGCCUGUCCUCUAAGCCCGCCUUCUUCCCUGAAGGAAUUGGGUCAAUCUCUUGAAAGCCUCAGUGAUUCUGGUAUCGUAGUGGACUUAACUCCAGGUGAGCCAAACUCUACCACCCUUUUGUCUCCUGUGACACCUCCAUGCAGGAAGGUGGAGCACGGAGUUAAUGAAAACCAUUUUGUGAAAGAACUUGAUUUUACAGAACCUCACGAUGAUGAAGUCUUUGGGUACGUCAAUACUGUUUCUCAGACAGGAAUAAAGAAGACAUACUGGAGCAGCAGACUCGCCAGCGAUCUGGCUGUAGCAGCCCCUGUUGUACCAACUAUCAUGUGGGCUUUCAGUACUCAUGGAGCAGGAACAGAUCUCAUUUACAGUACUGGAGCGUUGUUUUGCAGUUCUGUCCUAGUCCACCGUUUUGCUCUUGACUAUUUGAUUUGCCCUAUAAAUCGGUUUGAAAACAUGUUACUUGUUUCAGAAUGGAAAAGGUAA